AUGUCACCGAAACAGAAAAAGUCAUCGCGAAGGAAGAGCAGAGAUUCAGGUGAAAGCAUUGAUAAGACUCAAGAUCGUUUCACGAUGUCCACCGAAUCGUCAAGUAUUCAACGUCCAGUUCCGAGAUCUGCCCGUCAAAAACACUCUUCAAAAGCGAUCGACCGUCGGCAACGAAAGCGCUCCAAACGAAAACGUCACAAAUCGGCUAGCCCCUCAACGCACUCUACCUCAUCAACUAAAGUCAUCACACCACAUUCUCCAAAGACUCGCGUUGAUGUUUCGAGCGCACCAACUUCUCCGAAUCGUGAGCAGCGUCGUAUUCUAACACCUGACUCGUUCCCAGAUUUAUUCGAAGAAAAAAGCAUUACGAUCAUUUGUCCCGGUGGUGCUGCGGUUCGUUGCUUCUUGUCAUUCAUCAAAUUUCUUUACUUCAUCUCUUAUUUUUAUCAAUUGCUCUUUUAG